CCGUUUUUAAUGAAAUAAGUCAUUUUCCUUAUUAUGCUCAUUGUUUUGAGUCAAUAAACUUCCUUGUCUUCAAAAGUUGAUGCUGUGAUGACACAAAUGGAUAAAAUGACACUUAAAAAUGAUUUUUCAAAAUAAUUAGCUAGCUUAAUUGAACUCAAAAUGUUAUAAAGUUCAUAUGUAGAAGAAGUAUUAAAAGAAAUUAAGCUCAUCAGAGAUUAAUUAAUUGCAGAUUAAACUAUUGAAGAUCAAGAAUUUGCCAAAGUACUAAUAAUAUUUAUCUUAUCUAGAAAAUUGGAUAAUUAAAUGUUGAAAUUGAAAUUUUGGAAAUCUAAACUGAAAAAUUAGCCAAAGAAUUACAAAGACUCAAUCAGUAAAUUGCAGAUUUAAAUGAAGAUAUAAGCAAAUUAAUAGGCACACAACAAUCUUAAGAAAAAUAAUUAUAAACUUUGGGUUCUAAAGAAGAAGAUAUCAGAAAUCAAUAUAAAUUAGAAAUAGAAACAAUAUCAGUAAUUCUAAUUAAUAUUCAUAGCAAAGAACAACCAAUAAUAUUAAAUCAAUUGAUGGAUUAAAUGAAAUGAUUGGAAAACUUUAAUAAGCUGUAUUUGCUGAAUAAAGUAAAACAACAAUCCUCUCAUAAUAACAUACUAAAUAAUAUGUUGAUUAACUUGCUAAUUCAUUAGGUCCAAAUCAUCCAAUUACAGCACUUGUUGCAGUAACUACAAAGUAUUCUAUUGUAUUAUUUUAGAUUUGAUGUUCCAACAGUUACUAGAAUUAUAUAAUUACUUGAAAACAUUAGAGAUCAAAGAAUCCAAGAAAAUUCUGGUGCAAAUGAAUAUAUUGCUAAAGUUACCUAAUCAUAUGAUGUAACUCUUAAAGAAGUAACUGAAGUUAGAGAAAGACUAAGUGCUGAUUAUUCAAGAACUGUUGUUACCUUAAAAAGAAGAAAUGAAGAUAAUGUAUUACCAUUCAUAUCUUUAGGCAUUAUCUACUAAAAGCAGAAAUCAAAUCUAAAAAGAUUUACCUAUUGCAUUAGAUUUACUCUAAUAAUAUAGAAAUGAAAGAGAAAUUGUCUAAUCAAAUUACAAUUUAAGAACUGCUAAAAGAGAUAAUGAAGUUAAAAUUAUCACAUAAGCAUAUACUAUAGUUGCGUAAUAAGUUAAAGUUUGAAUAAUUUUACAAAAAAAC